AUGGCAAAUUGUUAUUCUCUUUCCAUCCCUAAACUUGAGAGAAAGACUAUUGAGAAGAACAGAAGGAACAACAUGAAGACUCUUUACUCUCACCUUUCUUCUCUUCUCCCUCCCAAGGAAACUGGAUUUGCAGUUACCGAUCAGAUCGAUGAUGCCAUAGACUACAUAAAGAAUUUACAGACAAAAAUAGAGGAAGCAGAGGAGAAGAAGAAACAACUUCUAGAACGUGGUACAAAGAGAAAGCAACCUUCACCCACCACCACCGCCGCCGCCGCCGCCGCAAUCUCCGGCGAUAUUCCAAGAUCGGCGGAAAUUGAUGUCAGAGAGACGGGUCCCACUGUUGACGUGGCUAUCAGUAUUUGUGGGCUGGACAUGAAUUAUCUUUUCUAUGACACAAUCCGUGUUAUUCAUCAAGAAGGAGGCGAUGUUAUAACUGCAAAUUCUUCUAUAAUUGGAAACUCUGUUUUCUACACUUUGCAUGCUACGGUGAAGAAUUAUCCGAUCAACUAUCAUUACGGUCGUAUAACAAAGAGGCUUCAAGAAUUGAUCCACGGACAACAAAACGACGACUUGGAAGAACAGAUUGAUCAUGAUCAGCUAGACUUAUGGAAAUUCGAUGCUCAUUCUGAUAUUUGGGAGUUUGAAUUUCCACAAGUGUUGAUGCUUUGA